GCUGAAAGGUUACUUCUCUAGCGGAAGCUGUUCGCUUGGUCGGGGCACGGGACGCAUGCGCGCUGUCCAGCCCUUCGAGCGGAGAGAUUUCAGCAUGGCCGCGAUCGGAGUCCACUUCGGAUACACAUGCGCUUGUGUGGCGAUAUUUAAGGAUGGCCGGGCUGAUGUGGUGGCUAACGAUGCAGGAGACAGAGUAACUCCGGCUGUGGUGGCCUACAGAGACACAGAGCAGAUUGUGGGCAUUGCAGCAAAGCAAGGACGUGUCCGCAACGCUGCCAACACGGUCGUUAAAGUGAAACAAGUGCUGGGGAGAAGCUUUGACGAUCCAGAGACACAAACUCACAAAGCGGAGACCAAGUGUCGGGUGGUGAGCAGAGACGAGAAGCCUUAUUAUGAGAUCACAGCAGGAGAACACCCAGAGUACAUUGCUCCAGAAGACGUUGCAAAACUGGUCUUCCACAAAAUGAAAGAAACCGCUCAGUCAGCUCUGGGCUCCGAUGUCACUGAGGCGGUCAUUACGGUCCCUUUUGAGUUUGCGCAUGCUCAGAAGCGCGCCCUGAGGGAGGCCGCCGAAGCGGCAGGGUUCCAUGUGCUGAGGCUGAUCCACGAGCCUGCCGCUGCCCUGCUGGCCUACAACAUCGGACAGGAGUGUUCCUCUGGGAAGAGCCAUGUCCUGGUGUAUAAGCUGGGCGGGACGUCCCUGAGCGUGACAGUACUGCAGGUCAAUGGAGGAAUGUUCCGCGUUCUCAACACCCGCACCGACCACAGCAUCGGGGGAGAGAGCUUCACCCAGGCCUUGGCCCAGCACCUGGCCGCCGAGUUCAAACGCACCUUUAAGCACGACUUGAGCAGUAACGCUCGGGCGAUGCUGAAGCUGAUGAACGGGGCGGACAUGGCCAAACACUCUCUGUCCUCCUUGGGAUCCGCCAACUGCUUUGUCGACUCCCUGCACGAUGGCAUCGACUUUGAGUGCAACGUCUCCAGAGCUCGAUUUGAGUUGCUCUGCUCCUCACUCUUCAACAAGAGCAUCCAGCCAAUCAGACCCCUGCUGGAGGAGGCAGGAGUCUCCACCAGCAACAUUAACAAGGUGGUUCUCUGCGGCGGCUCGGCCAGGAUCCCGCGCCUCCAGCAGAUGAUCCGCGAGAUGUUUCCCGAAGUGGAGCUUCUCAGCUCGGCGCCUCCCGACGAGGUCAUUGCUGUGGGAGCAGCGCUGGAAGCGGGCUUGCUGGUCGGCAGAGACAGCCUCAUCCCCGAGGGAGAGUCCGUCACGGUGGACGUUUCUGCCACUGACAUACUUGUGAAGGAGGCGGACGAAUCCGGAGCCGAGAAGUUCACCGUUCUUCUUCCAUCUGGCACGCCCCUCCCCGCCCGCAGGCAUCACACCCUUAACGCAGGGGGGAAACUCUCCUCCCUCUGUCUGGAGAUCUACCAGAGAUUUGUCGCGGAGCAGCCAGAAAAACUAGCUAAGAUAAUCUUGAGAGACCUGCAGCCCAGAGAGGAGAACCACGAUAUCGACGCCGUGGUGACCAUGAAAAGGGACGGCUCCGUUCAUGUUUCCUGUGUGGAACCGAGCACUGGAAGGUCCGAGGUCGUCACCAUAGCAGCUUCAUCGUGAAGCCCCUGAUCUGCGUCGCAGGACACACCUCAGCACAGUGUCAGCGCAAUGUUUGUGUUUUCUAUUUUUCACUCAAUAAACAUAAUUAAGC